AUGUCAUCUUCAGCAGAAACCGUCGCGAAUAUCGAAGAGCUGCUUAAGCAGAUCCUUAUAUGGGUUCCAGCUCUAUCUCUAAUCCGUUUCAAGUGCGUCUCCAAGCAAUGGCUGUCUCUCAUCUCCGACCCCGAGUUCCGUCUCCGCCACACCCUCCGAAACCCUAACUCCAAAAUCUCUGCUUUCUUCUCUAGCAAAAUCCAAGACGAGUCCUUCAAGUCCAUCCUUCUUGGUAACCAUGAAAUCCCACCUGGGUGGAAUCCCUUCAAAACCCUUAAGAAUUCCGAUUCCGUCCCUGAUGAAUCCAAGUUGAGGAUUCUUCAGUCCUGCAAUGGCCUCUUUCUCUGCCAUAUUCCUAGAUCUGGACUUGAAACAAAAAAUCAUCCCGUAUAUGUUGUCAAUCCCACAACCAACGAAUUCCGGGCUCUUUCUUUUCCAGUUGUCAGACAUAGUAGUGAUUCUUUAUUUGUGCGCUAUGCUUUGGCUUUUGAUCCUUCCAUAUCGCCUCAUUACAAGGUGGUCUGCGUGAAUAACUUCACCUUUUAUUAUAAUAGGGGGAAGCACAAAAUAGACAUAUAUUCAUCUAAGACCGGAGAGUGGAAGCAUCUCGAUACUCCUUUCUUCCCCAGACCCUCCGACGAGGGCAGGCACCCUCAUUUCAUGAACAAGGCCAUGCACUUUGACUGCAGGAGCAGAGAAGGCGCCAUAUACUGCAACGGCGCAGUUCAUUGGAUAAGAGACAUAGGGGAAGCAAGCUUGCCAUUCUACUCUUUCCCAGACGGUAAAUUCAUAAGAAACGAAGCUGAUGUGCUGCACUACUUCGACAUAGGCCAAGAGCGUUUUCUGGUUGCUUCAGCUACCCCUCCUGUCCCCCUGGUUGCCAAGAACUUUCCACGGUUAUUGACUCAGAGAUAUUUUGGGGAGUGUGGUGGCUGUUUGUACUUGAUUGAGAUUUAUCAGCGUUGCAACACUCAAUAUUUUGAGGUCAUGGAGAUGGAGACGGACUACUCUGGCUGGUUUGUCAAGUAUCGUCACUAUCGUGUUAUUAGUGGUGAUCUUAAUCCGAUAGUUGCAGCUCUUCCCGGACAGGAUUGGAAUGCGUUUGUUGUCUUGUGCCUUUCUGGGAAGGAGGAAACCUCCCAAGAAAUAGAUGACAAGGUUGAGGAUUCUUCAACAGAUCUUUUGUUGCACAUGCCUGGUAAGAUCAUAUCUUAUAAUCUUAGGAAUAAGACCUUCAAUACAUCUAUUGAGUUAGCCAAUAAGGAGCUUUAUCUAACUUUAGGUGAUCAUAAUCAUUGUUUGCCAGAGGAUAUUAUUUUUCCUUACAUGGAGACUUUAGCUUGUUUGUGA